GGCAUCGUUUCUGUGACGUGAAGGUAACGUCGAGCCGAACCAUAUCGCAAGGUGCAGGAUUCAUUCUCCUACGAGAAAAAUUCCCAAAUUGAUACCCCCCAAAGUUCCAACACAGCUUCCAUCUUCUUUAGAAACAGCAAGAUCUCCGUUCAGUUUGUUUAUCUUUGGGGUCUCUACGAAUUGAAAUGGAGGAAGAGAACAAAGAGUCGGUGAAGGAUGAGACGGAGACGGAGAAAGAACCACUAAAAGCGAAAGCGGCAAAUGAAGCAAAACCAGAGCCAAAAUCCGGUGGCGGAGGCGGUGGAUGGGGCGGUUGGGGGUUCUCUCCUCUCUCCGUUCUCUCAGAUCUCCAAAAAGCCGCCGAAGAAAUAUCUCGCAAUGCUGCCACAGUUGCUCAGACAGCGGCAAAAAGCAUCUCGGACAUUCAGGACCCUGAUGAGGUUUCAGAAUCUUCUAAGGACGAAGGAGAGGUAGAAGACUCUGCAAAUGAAAAGGAAAGUGAAGAUGAAGUAGACAAGCUUCGGAAGUCUGCUUUGGAUAAAUUGGAGAAAGCUAGUGAGGAGUCAUUCUUUGGCCAGGGUUUGAAGGUUCUUGAUAAUUCUGUGGAAAAUUUGGCCUCUGGAGCGUGGAAUGCUCUAGGUAGUGCAUGGAGAGGGGGUACAGAUUUGGUUCAGAAGAUUGAGCAUUCUGCUGUGAACCUUGCAGAAUCUAUUCAGCAUGGUAGUUUACCAGCAGCCGGAUCUGUUGCACCUUCCAUAUUAGAGAGUGGUAAAGCUUUUACGGCAAAGGGAAUGCAAGUGCUUGAACUCGUAGGAAAGGAGACUAUGGAUCUACUGAUUACAGAAACUGGUAUUGAAGUUGAGAAGAAUUCUAAAUUAGCUGAACAACAAAUUAGUGAGGAUCAGUUGUAUGAGGAAGUGACAUUUGAUCGGUGCUUCUAUAUAUAUGGGGGUCCAGAACAUUUGGAGGAGCUGGAGGCAUUGUCCAAUCAUCAUGCCCUAUUAUUUAACCGAAGAAAAGGAAAAUUAUCAUCAGAACAGAAAUCUGUCAUGGAUGGAAAGCUAAAACAGGUCCAACAAAUUUUCAGUUUGAGUACUGAAAUGGAUGGAAGUGGUGUAGAGACAGACAAAGGUAAAAAAAUAGAGACUGGGGAUGAGGGAACUGGUGAUGAGAUGAAGAAUUUACACAACUCAAGUGUCAGCAAGGCUGCUGAUAUGGCUGCGGGGUUCACAAGUGCUUUAGCAGGGUUGGCCAUUAAUGAUAUGAUUCAAAGGACUACUGGCAGGCUGGAGUCUCUUCAUUCAGAGGGAGUUCAUAGGCUCUCAGAAAUGUGCUGUUUUGCGGUGUCUCAAUUGUUGAUGCUUGGUAAAUCCAUCAUAACUAAUGCUAACAAAGUUGAGGAUGAAGAUGCUGAUAAGAAUAUUGCUAAUAUUGAGUGGCCUGAGGAUUCUGUUGAAAAAGCUAAGAUAAUCAGAGCAAAGGCACAGUCAAUGACAGGAUAUGUGGAGGCUGUUUCCAACAGCUUUAUUACAGGCAUCUCUGAUGUAGCUGAAGCUUAUGCAGCAGCCAUAAAGGGUGCCACCGCCGAGUCCCAUGAUGUUCUUCCACAGACUUCAAUCCAGGAAAAAGCCAAUGCCUUCUCUGAACAUCUGCGUGCAGAUCAGACCACAGCAGUGUGCAAAAUCCAGGAUGGGCUCGAAUACUUAUCUCAUGUAGUCCUUUCAACCUCUGUGCCGUCUUGAAAAACUUUGAUUCCUCCGUGACAUGCCAUUAUUCGUUUUAUUAGUUCUAUAUGUAAAUAGUUGCAAUUUAGAGUGGGUUUGACCCGCAAUUUCAUUUGAAAGUUUAUGAUAGGACAUUGGAAUUACACUCAUCCAAGAAUAGGAGAUGUUAUUUUCUGUAUCUCCGCCAGUCUUCUGUGGCUCUUAAAUGCUGAACUGAACAUUAUAUUUUCUUCA